GCGGCGGGCGCGGACGCAGCGCUUCAAUGGGAAGUUCCCACUUGCUAAACAAGGGCUUGCCACUAGGCAUUCGACCUCCAAUCAUGAACGGGCCCAUGCACCCGCGCCCCUUGGUCGCGCUGCUGGAUGGCAGGGACUGUACAGUAGAAAUGCCUAUUCUGAAGGACGUAGCCACAGUGGCGUUUUGUGAUGCUCAGUCUACACAAGAGAUUCAUGAAAAGGUACUAAAUGAAGCAGUGGGGGCGCUGAUGUAUCACACUAUCACUUUAACACGAGAAGACCUGGAGAAAUUUAAAGCACUUCGAAUAAUUGUCCGAAUUGGCAGUGGUUUUGAUAAUAUUGACAUCAAAUCUGCUGGAGAUUUAGGGAUUGCCGUGUGUAACGUGCCAGCUGCCUCAGUAGAAGAAACAGCAGAUUCUACCAUGUGCCACAUUCUGAACCUCUACAGGAGAACCACCUGGCUGCACCAGGCUCUGCGAGAAGGCACAAGAGUACAGAGUGUGGAGCAGAUCCGGGAAGUGGCUUCUGGGGCUGCCAGGAUCCGAGGGGAGACCUUGGGCAUUAUUGGAUUAGGGCGUGUUGGGCAAGCAGUAGCACUACGUGCCAAAGCCUUUGGCUUCAGUGUGAUCUUCUAUGACCCGUACCUCUCAGAUGGCAUGGAGCGAGCUCUGGGACUGCAGCGGGUCAGCACCUUGCAGGACCUGCUGUUCCACAGUGACUGUGUUACCCUGCACUGCAACUUGAACGAACACAAUCAUCAUCUUAUUAAUGACUUCACCAUCAAGCAGAUGAGACAAGGGGCUUUCCUGGUCAACACAGCUCGAGGUGGGUUAGUAGACGAAAAAGCACUUGCACAGGCCCUGAAGGAAGGAAGGAUACGAGGGGCAGCCUUAGAUGUACAUGAGUCAGAACCAUUCAGCUUUAGUCAGGGCCCCUUGAAGGAUGCCCCAAACCUGAUCUGUACCCCACAUGCAGCCUGGUACAGUGAACAAGCCUCCAUCGAGAUGCGGGAGGAAGCUGCGCGAGAGAUCCGGAGGGCGAUCACAGGUCGUAUUCCAGACAGUCUGAAAAACUGUGUUAACAAAGAUCAUUUGACUGCAGCUACACAUUGGGCCAGCAUGGAUCCUGGAGUUGUUCAUCCAGAGCUUAAUGGUGCUGCAUACAGCAGGUACCCCCCAGGCGUUGUAAGCGUGGCCUCCACCGGCAUACCUGCAGCAGUAGAAGGAAUAGUCCCCAACCCCAUGUCUUUAUCACACGGCCUCCCUGCUGUAGCCCACCCGCCCCAUGCUCCUUCCCCUGGCCAAACUGUCAAACCAGAAGCUGAUAGAGACCACCCCAGCGACCAAUUGUAGCCUAGGAGAACAGCAUUCCCAGCUCCGGAGACUCCGGCUUCCGCGCCUGGAAACAAACCAACAAAGCUAAACCCUGGAUUUGGAGUCAAGGCAGAACCAUGAACUUACAGGAGGAGAUGAUUCUUGUUCUAGAAACUGGUCCAAUUUACAGUGUGAAAGGAAAAGGUGGGAGACAAAAAAAAAAAUUAAAAAAAAAAAUAAAAAAGAAGAUUUGGAAGCAUUUUUUUUCCUCCGUAUCAAUUGUAGUUUGUCCCUGUCCCGUGGACUGAUCACUGUUUCUGUGUCCUAUGGGUUCUUUGUUAAGCAAGAGAAGUUAGUAGUUAAUUAUAUCAUGAAUGUACUUGUCUGUGUACAGUUUUUAGAACCUUAAAAAAAGGGUUUGUUUGCUUAGCUGUCAGCGAGGAAAAAAAAAAACGUAAGGGAGGCAUUCAACAAACCGAUUUUGAGAUUUAAAAAAAAAGAUAAAAUUUAAAA